GGUUGGAUCGGUGGACCAGUUGAAGACUGUUAACAGUACGGUUAUUGCUCUUAUACCAAAGGUGGAAGCUCCGCAAUAUAUGAGCCAGUUUAGGCCUAUCAGUCUUUGUAACGUUGUUUACAAAAUUGGUUCGAAAGCCCUGGCCAACCGAUUGAAGCCUUUUUUGAACAACUUAAUUUCUCCUUACCAGAGUGCUUUCGUACCCGAAAGGUUGAUCUCAGAUAACUCUUUGUUGGCUUUUGAGGUUUCCCAUUGUUUGAAGAGAAGGAGAAGUGGUAAGAAGGGAUAUUAUGCAUUGAAGCUGGAUAUGAGCAAGGCAUAUGAUCGUGUGGAGUGAGAUUUCUUGGAGGCGGUUUUAGUCAGAAUGGGGUUUUGUGGUGUUUGGGUCAGCUGGAUUAUGGGAUGUAUACGUACAGUUUCUUAUUCAUUCAUUGUUAAUGGGGAGCCUAGAGGACGUGUUAUUCCCUCUAGAGGUUUACGGCAAGGAGAUGCCAUAUCACCUUAUCUUUUUCUUCUUUGUACAGAGGUUCUUUCACGGUUAAUUGUCAAGGCUGAGGAGUUGGAUACUUUGCAUGGGGUGGAAAUCUGUAGGGGAGCACCGAGCAUCAGUCACUUAUUUUUUACCGAUGACUCUUUUAUUUUUUUCAAGGCAGAGGUGUCAGACUGUAUUGCAUUAAAGGGAAUCCUCAAAGAUUAUGAGUUUGCAUCGGGGCAACAGGUGAACUACCAAAAAAGUUGUAUCUCUUUUAGUAAGAAUGUGGAGUUAGUGUUCCAGGAUGAGCUUGCUUCGAUACUUAGAGUAACAAGAGUAGAUAAGCAUGACAAAUACCUGGGGUUGCCUACUGAAAUUAGUUAUUCCAAGGAGGAUGCUUUUGUAUUCUUGAAUGAAAAGAUUCGGGGUAGAACUCAAGGGUGGAGAGAAAAGACUCUUUCAAUGGCUGGUAGGGAAGUGAUGAUUAAAGCGGUGGCUCAAGCUAUUCCAUCAUAUGUCAUGAGCUGUUUUGAGUUACCUAAACAUAUGUGUAAUGAAAUGCACCAACUUAUGGCACGUUUUUGGUGGGGAGGGUCGGAAGGGGAUAGGAGGAUACAUUGGCUCUCGUGGGAAAAGUUGUGUAGGCCUAAGUUGGAGGGAGGUAUGGGGUUUCGAAAUAUGCAUUGCUUCAAGUUGGCUCUUCUAGCUAAACAAGGGUGGAGGCUCAUUCAUAGACCGGAUUCGUUAAUUGCUUAAUUGUUGAAAGCGAA